AGCCGCAGCUGGAGGAAAUGGCUGAAGUGAGAGAGUAUUUAUUUGUUGGCGUUUUCUUUUUAUCGGUAAUUUGUAUUGUUUCAUGGAAGUUUUCAAUAAUAGGUGUGAAGGAUGCAGUGAAGUUAGCAGGACGCGGGCUGCUGCUGCUCGGUGGGUUGACUUGGAUGAGCUCGUGCUUGUACCCCAAGCUGAAGUCAUACCUGUGUCCGGUGACUCCGCCCCCACUGGAAGGUCCUGCUGAAGAUGCACGCAGUAACACUGAACAGGAGAAAGCAAGAAGGGAGCAACAACAUCAGCACAGUGUUAAGUGCGACAAAUACGUCGAGGCAGUGGUGAAGCCCCGUCAGGAAGCAGUGCUCAGGAAGAAAGAGGAACACUUCUAUAGCAUGACUGGACAAAGCUGGAAACUUAGCCAGGGUUUCACACUAGGAGGAGAGGAGCAGAUGACGGCACAUACAGAUGGCGAUGAUGAGACUCCUAACCAGAGGGCCGCAAGGAAGCGAAAGGAACUAGAGGUGCCGAAUCCGGCUCCUGUCCAGACCCAACUUCUGAAAGAAAAAAAGAUCAUAAGCUUACCUGAUGAACCUUCAGAAGACGCUAAUGGGGUUGUAAAAAUUGCUCUGAGAUGUCCCAGCGGAAGAACAGUCCGAAGAAGGUUUUUCAAAACCUGCAGGUCUACAGUCCUUUUAGACUGGUUGCACAAGUCUGGAUACUCUCCCACUCUUUAUGCCUUGUACACGUCAUACCCCAGGAGGCCACUGCUCACACAGACAGACCUCAGCAUUGCAGAUGUUGGGAUCCUCUCACACACCACUCUUAACGUGGAGGAAAAAGACCCUUCGACAUGUUAAUCCCAUGCCCAGGUCUUUGUGAAGGUUUUCAGCAAUUCAGUAGUUGCCAAAGCACCUGGACCUUAUUUAUGAUGAAACAUUAGAUGGUCUUCAAGCUUCGAAUAAAAGUCUAUCCAUGUUUGUUUGAUGGAGCUAUUAGACACAACUAAAUUGAAAGCUCCACAGGUUUCAAUAACUUCUGGUUCUGUAAUGUUUAAUACUUUGUAUUUUAUUAUGUUUUUUUUAUUGUAGCAAAAAUCUACAACAAAGAGAAACACUUGGUAUAAACCAUACGAAUAUACUGACUGAUCUGAAGAGCAAUAUGAGAAUACAAUAUUGAUAUUGUAUACUAUAACAUGCUUUUCUGUACUUUUAACACUUUAUGGGAAUUUAUUAGCAAACCUACAGUCGCCGAUGAAGGUACUUUUUUAAAAGGCGAAGUUGAUUUUUUUUUGUUGUUGUAUACUGAAGACACUUGGGUUUGAGAUCAAGAGAGGACGGAUCAGAAUUUCAGUUUUCAGGUCCUGGUAUUUAUAUCUAGAUGCGUUAAACAACUUGGAACAUAGUACCUUUAAGAGCAGACCACCCAGGUUUUAGCGGAGUAAAAGAUUUGGAAAAGAUAAUCUUAAAGGAAAUAAAACUUAUUCUAUUCAUAUCCAGUGAAUAUGAGCAAUCGUGCACUCUGAUUGGCUACUCUACUACUUGGCUAUCAGUGAGUAGAGAAAAACAAAAUGGUGGCAUGUGGUGCUGAACCAACUGAGAACGAAAUGAUUACUUGAAAACAAAACCCCAGAAAUCUGAAAAAUAAAUAAAUAUGGAAUGAAUGUAUUUGAUGGUAAUAACUUUUUUUCCCCAAGAACUAUAGCAUUUUUCACAAAUUUGUUUACAUUCCAAGUGGAAAUGAUCAUGUUUUGUAUAAAAUUUAAUGAAUUUGCAUACAAAUGCUCUCUCAAAAUCCAGUGAAUGUGGAUAGAAUAAGUUUUUCCACCCACUCUAGUCAUACAUGGCUUACAGCCGACUCAGUGCUACAGUAUGCGCCUUGUCGACUGUCAGCUCAUGUACAACUCGAUUUUGUGGAACAACUUAAAUGUUUUCGUAUAUCCUUUGUUUGCUGUAACUGCAUCAAGCUGGUCACCAGGCCUGUACUACAGCAUCUUCCAGUGUUUCUCCUUUCAGUCUCCUUUUCAGGAGGUGCAAUGCAUGUUCAAAUGGAUUAAAGUCUGCUGAUUGACUGGGCCAGGCUGAUGGCAUUUUUCUGCUGCAUGGUACCAGCUCAGCUCAAGUCACUUUUUUUUUUUUUUUUAAAUCAGGCCAAAGUUGUGCAUAGUAACAGUACUUUUUCUUUGCCAUCACCACUGCUGAGGUGAUGAAAACACUGGUUGAGUGAUCGGUCAGAAUGAAUCUUACCCCUGUAUCAUCACUGUGUGAGAUAGGACGUCCUGAACAAACCGUACAUUUUAAAUAGCAAUAAAAUAUUUAUACUUGUGUACAUGUAAAA